GAAAUGUUGCCAGAGGUUUUGGAUGGGCGAAUGCUGAAGAUAUGGACUGACAGAGCAGCUGAAACUGCGCAGCUUGGGUUGGUUUAUGAUUAUACACUGUUGAAACUGUCUGUUGACAGUGUGACAGUCUCAGCAGAUGGAACCCGUGCUCUGGUGGAAGCAACUCUAGAGGAGUCUGCUUGUCUAUCUGAUUUGGUUCAUCCAGAAAACAAUGCCACAGAUGUCAGAACCUACACAACAAGAUACGAAGUCUUCUGGUCCAAGUCAGGGUGGAAAAUCACUGAGGGCUCUGUUCUUGCAUCAUAAUAUGCCAUAUAGCAUUCUUAAGCUUGCAAUAUUCUCUUUGUUUUGUAAAUUUUCUCUCUAAGUUAGUGUUUAUAAAUGAACACAAAAAAAAAGUAACGUUAUUGGCACAUCCUCAUCCUUGAUCUAUUCUAUAACAUGAGUGAUAAAAUAUGAAUUCUUUCGCAA